AUGGAGAUACAAACCUUACUUCUAGCCUUAUUCAUUACUUACGGAGCUGGGCUACUGACUUAUCGAUUUCUAUUCCACCCUCUUGCACAUAUUCCCGGACAUCCACUUGCGAUAUCGACUUACCUCUACGAAUGGUACUACGAUUUGUACCUCAGUGGUCAAUAUACCUUCCAACUUAAAAGGUUGCACAAGCAGUAUGGUCCCGUCAUUAGAAUCAACCCGAAUGAGGUUCAUAUCGAUGAUCCUGAUUUCUUCGAAGAGGUGUUUAAUCAGUCAAAUGGCCGAACGCAAAAACCUAUAAAUGUUGCCGAAGCAUUCGGUCCAUAUCCAGCGACUAUAGGAACACAGGAUCAUGAGCACCAUCGCAUAAGAAGAAAUGCUCUCAACCCAUUCUUCUCCAAAAAAUCAAUCAACGACCUCGUUUCAAGAAUCCAACGUCCUAUCCUCAUUCUUUGCGAUCGACUUGAGGAGGCAAGUAAAUCUGGGGUAACUCUCAAUAUGAAGUAUUUCUAUGCGGCAGUGACACUGGAUAUCAUCAAUGACUACUGUUUCUCGAGGCAGCCAGAUAACAUUUUGAGGGAAGACUUUGGACGUAAGUCUUUUGACGACGUAGACAACUUCUUGGUUAUUAGUCUUUUGAACAUUCAUAUCCCAUACUUGAUGAGAUUUAGCUAUUCUCUUCCGGACAACAUGAACAAAAUCUUGGCUCCUGCCAUGGCAGACAUCCUUGAUUACCGCAAGGAUCUUUCUAGACAAGUAGAGUCCAUUCGACAUGAGCACGAAGAGCCCGAAUCAAGUAAACUUGCUGAUAGGACUGUCUUUCAUGAACUAUUAGAGAGCAAAUUGCCACCCCAAGAAAUGGAGCGAGACAGAUUGCGUGAUGAAGCUUUCAGUUUAGUCACAGCAGGCUCUGGUACAACAGCAUAUGUCCUCAGAGGAACCUCAUAUCACAUCUCGGCCAACCCUGCGAUUACUCAGCGGCUUCACGAAGAGCUGAAAUCUGCCAUUCCAGACCCUUCGAAAUCUCUUUCACUGUCAGAAUUGGAAAAACUGCCGUAUUUGACAGCUGUCAUCCAAGAAGGGCUCCGUCUUGCCGAUCCAGUUACCCACCGUAUUGGCCGACAAUUCCCAGAUAAAGCCUUCAUCUGUCAUGGUAAAACGAUUCCAGCCGGAACAAUAGUUAACAUGACAGCUUUACUCACGCAUCAAAAUGAUAAAAUCUUCCCGGAACCUAUGGUUUUCAAGCCAGAGAGAUGGUUGGGGAAUCAGAACAAAAAGCUCGAGCGGUACCUUGUCCCCUUCAAUCGCGGAACUAGAUCCUGCUUAGGUAUCAAUCUCGCUCGCGCCGAGCUCUAUUUGAUUUUAGCUUCUGUGUAUCGACGGUUUGAUUUUGAUGUCUCACAAGUUAAUAGAGCUCGUGAUAUAGAUGCUAGCCGAGAUUACAUUCUAGGCGCCCAGGCGAGAGACACCCCCGGUAUAUUGGUUAAAGUGAGAGAGAGAGAUUGA